AUGUUGCACGGUCCGUGCGGCGUGUUUUUUAGAACGUCGCCGUGUUGGGACCAAGAGAAAAACAUUUGCACCAAGCANUGUUGGGACCAAGAGAAAAACGUCUGUACCAAGCAAUACCCGAAACCGUAUUGCGAGGAAACGGUUUACCGCGCCGACGGCGGUUACCCCGAGUACAGGCGACCCGACAACGGUCGUACCGUCGAAGUGCGGCGGGCCACCCUGGACAGUCAGUGGGUGGUGCCUUACAAUCCCUAUCUGACGGCCAAGUACAACGCUUACAUCAACGUGGAGGUGUGCUCUUCGGUGAAGAGCGUCUUGUAUCUGUACAAGUACGUGUACAAGGGCCACGACGCCGCCACGUUAGCGGUGUUGAACAACAACGAAAUACAGAGCUAUUUGAACACGAGAUACGUGAGUCCGCCGGAGGCGUUUUGGCGUUUGGCCAAGUACGAAAUUCAAAAGCAGAGUCACGCCGUCGUAAAACUGCCGGUUCACCUCGAGGGCCGGGAACCGGUUUAUUUCCGACGGGGCGAACUGCCGCCCGCGGUGCUCUUCGGCGCCGGGGUGCGCACGAUGCUCACGGAAUUCUUCCAGCUGAAUAGGAACGACGCAGGCGCUAGGCGGUACCUAUAUCACGAAAUACCCAACUGCUACGUGUGGGACGGCAGGGAAAAGUCGUGGCGUAUGCGCCAACGCGCCCAGACGUAUCCGAACAUCGCGAGAAUGUACGCGGUCAGUCCUUGCGACAGGGAGCGUUUCUACUUGAGGACGUUGCUGCUGUACCGCAGGGGACCGAUCGGUUUCGAGGACCUGAGGACGGUCGACGGCACGGUGUACCCCACCUACGCCGAGGCCGCGACGGCUCUGGGCAUCUUGCGAGACGAUCGCGCGUGGAGGGCGUGUAUGCGAGAAGCUUCCGUCCACGACACGCCGCAUCAGUUGAGAUGUCUGUUCGUCACGAUACUCCUGCAUUGCUCGCCCAACGACCCGCCGAGACUGUACGACGAGUUUAAGGACAAUCUGAUGGAAGAUUACUUCAGACGACGCGCAGACCGCGACACAUCCGAAGCCAUGUGUUUGGCCGCCGUGGAACGUCACCUGGCCGCUUCGAACAAGACGCUCGGGGGUUACGGUUUACCCGAGCCCGAUCGCGCUCUGUUAGUACCGGACGCCGCGCCAGCCGACAACGCGACAGCGGCAAACCCGUGCUGUUCGCCGGCUACUCCAGACAGACGUUGCCCAUCGUGA